AUGUUCAAGGUCCAGAUGAAGCCCAACGGAGCUAUCCUUGAGUCUGACGUUUCUCAUAAUUGGGCCUUUCCCCAGGUAUUUCACUGUUCCUCAGUGAAAUACCUGGGGUUAUAUUACUGUAACUUUUUAGUAUAUGAAACGGGGCAGCUAAAAAUUUUAAUUUUUACAUAACUUUUCACGCUCUUUCAAAUGAUAUAGGUCUCAGUUCUAGGUCCGAUACCCCCCCCCCCCUAUUUGCCUUUCCCUUGUAAAUGAUACCUCUAUGUAAUGUUUCAGUGCUCAUCAGAGGCGUUUGUACUUCCGUGAUUUUGUCAAAGUUUUGUCGCAUUUUCGGCCAAUCAACAAGAAUCAUCCACAUCCAUGGAAUUCGCGCGAAGCCAAGUUAAGAUGUAAGUUAUAGGGUAGGGUAAGGUAGUGUAGGGUAGGGUACGGUAAGAAAAGAUAACGCAAGAUGAGGUAAGGUAGAGUAGGGUAGGGUAGGGUAGGGUAGGGUAGGAAACAAAAAAAAAUUUAAAGUUAAUAUUCGUCUUUUUUAAAAACUCUUCAGCUUUACUUUGCAGUUGCCUUCACAAUGUACGAUGUCAACAAAAGCGGCACAAUUACAAAAGACGAAUUUGCUCACAUUUUAGAGGUAAAAUACGCAUCUUUACGCCCUUGACCACAAAAGUUUGGUUUGAGAGGGGGCACAGAAUUAUUUAUAUUACUUAUAUUAUUAUAUUAUCUAAUAUUUCAAACGUUUCUGUAACUUACGCUACCCUACCCUACCGUACCCUACCCUACCCUACCCUACCCUACCCUACCCUACCCUACCCUACUCUACUACCCUGUUUUACCUCACCUUGCCUUACUAUUCAAGCCGAUCACAAACUGUUUUCUCUGCCCCACUCUACCCUAUCAUACCUUUAUUUAACGUUCAUCGCUUUACUGUACCCUGUCGUACCUUGCAUUUUAAAGUCCUGUAAACCCGGUUUUUUAUCUUUUCUUGCCUUAUAUUACUUGUAAAACACGAAUUUCUACCUUACCCUACUCAAUCUUACCUUACCCUUUACCUUGCCCUGCCUUUAAAACUGUUUUAAACUGAAACUACUGUAUAACGAACAAAUUUAAAACUGUCAAGCGAUUUGUUAUACAGUGGUACUACAGUAAUUUGUAAAAUUUUUCAAAAAUCGUUGAUAAAACAAGACUUUUUUGCAGAAAAUGAUUGGCGACAACGUGAGUAAGGCCAAAGUUGAAAGUAUAGCGACCCGAACUAUGCGGGAAGCGGACAAGAACUCGGACGGAAGCAUCACGUUCGAAGAGUUUUGUAAAGUAAGCCAUUAUUAAUAUGCUUUGAAAAUUUGUAGUGAAUGAGGAAGUAUUAAAAAGCUUUUACAAUUGAUAAAAAAACUUUUACAACUGAUUUUUCCAACUGUUCAAACACGAUAAAACAUUUUUAUUCACAUACCAAGGCUAAUAUUAUGUAAAGUUUAGCCUAAAAAUCACUUUUUAUUAAAAUAUUAGGUGACGACAUAAAGAACCCGCCAUACUUUGCCUGUAAUUACGCUAAUAAUAAUAUUUAGGCAAUGGAAAAGACGGAUAUUGAACAAAAAAUGUCGUUUGUGUUUCUGAAGUGA